CCCCAUUUCCGGUCAGACUGCAGUCGAUCGGGUUCUUUCUAUUAUUUCGUCAAUAUUGGUCAAAUGUUUACAAAUUGAUUAGCUCAAAAUGUUCAGUCCGAGUAUUCUACCACAACAGGCAGUAUUUCCAAUUUGCCAUCUUGCCUGGAGCACUGUGCGCCCUUCUGGUGUUCGCACUGCUUCUAGAAGGAGUGUGAAAGAAAUUGUGACAGAGGUGAAACAAAUUGACAGAAAGCCUGUGAAAGGAGAUAACACUGUGGUACUUGGAAAUCUGGACUUAUCAGGUUUGUUAAAGAUAAAGACAAGUCCAGAAUUGCUAAGCUCCAUCUCCAGAGUUCUACCUGAAGUCUCCACUGGUCACACAUGCUGGAAGUCUUCCUACCAGUCUGGGCACACAUUCUUUGAGAAUAAAAAUGGUUUUCCUGAGAGUCUGUUACAGAGCCAGUUAUGCCCCGGUCAAGAAAAGAUACAUAGAUUGGUACACAGAUUGUUACAGCAAGUGAAUCAUCCAUACAUUACCUCACCACAGAUAGUUGAAGGAAGUAUAUUUCUAGCAAGUAGACAGCAUGCAUGUAGAGGUCUGCAACAAACACGUGGUUUUAAAACUAAACACUCACGAGCCAUUGGAGUGAUCUCUCCAGAAACUGUUGAGAAAACAGCAAAGAAAACCAGAGAGAGGACAGAAGAAAAAACAAAAUCAGAUGCAGAAGAAAAAACAAAAUCAGAUGCUGGAAAGUCUACUAAAAAUUUAGCGGAUGGUUUUUCAACAAAUUUUCUGAAGAUUUUCCUGUGGUCUACAGUCUUUGUACUUCUGUUCCUAAUGUUUUCAGGACCUGGUCAGAUUUCUUCUAUUAUAUCAAGAGAUAACUACGAGGUUUCCAUGGUCAACCCAGAUAUUGGCUUUAGUGAUGUUAAAGGGCAAAAUGAGGCACUGGAAGAAUUAAAAGAUUUAGUGAUGUUCUUGCAAGACCCAGAGCGCUUCAAUGAAAUGGGAGCCAAACUUCCUAAAGGGGUUCUCUUGGUUGGGCCUCCUGGUGUUGGAAAGACUUUAAUAGCUAAAGCGAUUGCGGGUGAAGCUGGUGUUCCAUUUUUUUAUGCCUCAGGCUCCCAAUUUGAUGAAGUGUUUGUUGGUGUCGGAGCAAGUAGAGUGAGGAAUAUAUUCAAGAAAGCUAAGAGUAAAGCACCUGCUGUGAUAUUUAUUGAUGAAAUUGACUCACUGGCUGGUAAAAGAACAGCCAAUGCCAUGCAGCCCUAUGCCAAUCAGACUAUUAAUCAACUCUUGUCAGAGAUGGACGGGUUUAGUUCCUCAGAAGGAGUGAUUGUUUUGGGAGCUACCAAUAGGGCUGAGGUAUUAGAUAGUGCUGUAAGGAGGCCAGGAAGGUUUGAUACUCAGGUGGACAUAGGUAUUCCUGACCUAGAGGGACGAACAGAAAUCCUUGAACUUUACAUCAAGAAGAUCAAGUGUGCACCUGACACAGAUAUUGGUAGGCUAGCCAAGCUGACGACUGGAAUGACUGGUGCUGACUUGGCCAACUUCGUCAACCAGGCUGCCCUCAGAGCAGCAGUAGAUGGCGCCACUGAAGUAGAUGCGUCUCACUUUGAUACAGCACUCGACAGAAUCAGAAUGGGCUUGGCACUGGCGAACAGAGUCAAACUCCUUUCUCACGAGGAAAAAUUGCUGACAGCCCACCAUGAAGCUGGGCAUGCGCUGGUGGGGUUCUUUAGCAAGAGCAUUGAAAAGGUCCACAAAUUGACCAUACUGCCAAGGUCAUCUGGUUCUCUGGGACAUACUUCAUUUUACACAGAGAAAGAUGUAACCAGCCUUAACAGAGAACAGCUACUGGGCAGACUAGACACACUGCUGGGGGGAAGGGCAGCCGAGGAGUUAUUGGUUGGAUCUGGCAAAGUCACCACAGGUGCUUCAUCGGACUGUGACCAGGCCAGUCUCCUUGCCAAGUCCAUGGUUUCCAGAUGGGCCAUGUCAGAGAAGGUGGGUCUGCGCACGCUUAAUGAGAAUGAUGCUCGCACUCUCAGCGAAGAACACAGGAAAGAGGUGGAUGAGGAAAUCAAGAGGAUGCUGCAGGAAUCCUAUGAGCGAGCCAAGAAAACACUGUCUGUACACUAUAAAAAACAGAAAGCUCUAGCAGAUGCUCUCUUAGAGCAUGAAACGUUAACUUACGAGGAGAUGGUUCAAGUCAUAAAUGGCAAAAAAAUUCAACGCGUACCCAAAAGCACCAACUCCUCUUUCCUGCCUAAGUUGCUGUAGGUGUGUCAGCCCAUUUAACCCCGAGAUCAGAACGUACAGCUGUGGAGAUGAACACUCUUGGUGGACUUUAUCUUCAAAAGCAUUUUCAAGAAUUGUUUAAAGUAUUGAAAUGUGUUCCAAUUUGAAGUGACUAGUUGUUUUAUGUCAAUGGAAUAUUUUGAACAAAAAUUGGAGAAUCAAUGACAGCAAAGUUUAUCAGUAUUUCAUGAUAUGUAACAGUAAGGUGAGAUAAACUGGACCUGUGUGUGCAUAGCAUGGGUGCUCAUAUUAAAAAAAUCUCAGGAUAAAUUCUGACAGAAACUUUGAUCUACUGUCUUCAGUUGAUAGGUAGUUGAACAAAUAACUAAUAAUAACCAGCAGAGAUUUUUAAAGAUGUACAUAAAAAAGAGGGCAGCUUGCUGUUACUGCUUAACAUCUGACCUUGGAUCUCCAACCUUAAAAUUUGGUAAUGGAUGAAUGUCUAUCAGAGGCAUCAUUUAAAGUUUGUGAAAGCUCCUACUUUUCAUUACAUGACAUGACCAAAAUGAUAAUAUAUGUAGGAUUGGGAUUGUGGAUAUGUAUACUUAAAUGUAUUAAUAAGAUUUAUUUCAUUCUUGAAUGAGUGGUAUUUUCAAGAUAAUGCCUGAUUUCAGGAUUUUUGUUCUACAUAUUGACAUUUUGUUUUUCAUUUGGUCUUAAUGCGAUAGGAAAUGUGCUGCUACAUUUCCAGGAUUUUCAGUGUUUUCCUACUUUCACCAAAGUUCUAUGAUCAGAAAUAGGGUUUCACAUUUUUUACUGUUAUCAAUUUAUUUGUUCAAUAUAUUGAAGAAGAGAUAACUUAAAAUAAUUUUUAGUGAGUAUUAUAAAUAAUUAUAUUCCUUGCACAAUAUAAUGCGUAUGCCUGUAUCCAUCAUGGGUGUACAAAUGAUGGGUCCAAGGCCUGUAGUUUUAGAGCUAAUUGCACUGUACAUAAUAAUAAUAAU